CGCCCCCGCUGUCCCCGCGCAGCAUGGCGGCCUUCAGAGUUCUGGUGGCGUCCAGGCUGGCAGCGACCCCCGCGUUCGCGCCGCGCCCCGGCCUGCGGCUGCUGCCCUUGGGCGGGUGGGCGCCCUCCCCGCGCGCCGCCCUCCACGCCUCCGCGCCGCGCCCGGGGGCCAGGGUCGCGCUGGUGCUGUCCGGAUGCGGCGUCUACGACGGGACGGAGCUGCACGAGGCCUCCGCAAUCCUGGUCCACCUGAGCCGCGGCGGCGCCAAGGUCCAGAUCUACGCUCCCGACGUCCCUCAGAUGCACGUGGUCGACCACGCCAAGGGGCAGCCUUCUGAGGGUGAGACCAGGAACGUCCUGGCUGAGUCCGCGAGGAUCGCCCGCGGCAAGAUCGCCGACCUGGCCCAGCUCAGCGCCGCCGACCACGACGCGGCCAUCUUCCCCGGGGGCUUCGGAGCCGCCAAGAACCUGAGCACGUUUGCUGUCGACGGGAAGGACUGCAAGGUGGACAGAGACGUGGAGCGCGUCCUGAGGGAGUUCCACGGCGCCGGGAAGCCCAUCGGCCUCUGCUGCAUCGCUCCCGUCCUCGCGGCCAAAGUGCUGAGGGGCGUCGAGGUCACCGUGGGCCACGAGCAGGAGGAGGGCGGCAAGUGGCCACACGCAGGGACCGCGGAGGUCAUCAAAGCCCUGGGCGCCAAGCACUGCGUGACAGAAGUGACCGAAGCUCACGUGGACCGCAGGAACAAGGUGGUCACCACCCCGGCCUUCAUGUGCGACACGGAGCUCCACCUCGUCCACGACGGCCUCGGGGCCAUGGUGCGGAAGGUGCUGGAGCUCGCCGGCCACUGAGGCCCUGGGUCCGGGGCUCAGCCUGCCCCCGCCCGGCCGGGCUGCUCUCCUGUGGGCCUGGAACCGGCAGGAUCGACUUCUCCGCUUAGCCCUGUCGUUUGCUUUCUGCAGAGGGAGCCUGUGACACACUCGGGGUCGGGGAGACGGUGGGGCCUUUCCCCCUGGCGGGGAGGGGGGUGGCCCUGGUGGCCCCGGGGACAACACGUGCAGUCCAGUCAGCGUCGUGCGGAGGGGCUGCCGUCCAGGCUCAGGCUUCAUGGCACCUCAGCGUCUGGCAGAGACCUCCCAGCUCGCAGAUCUACUAAUAGGAGGCCGCGACGCCAUCCUUGCUGACUGGGCUGCUGGUCGGAGUGUAUGUGUGUUAAUGGGAACAGCCGGGAACUUUCUGGAACGGGCCGUCUCGGUCCAGGGGGAGUAAACUCCGUCCAGGCCCUGCGGGCUGGCGGACGUGGGGUGUCCCUGAGGUCCCUGACCUGGGUCCCGGGUCUCCUGUCUCAGGAAGGGGGAGGGGUGGGUGCUCGGCCUGGGGGCCGGUCUGCCCUGGGGCCAUCCGCUGGGCCGCAGGCCCCAAGCAGGGGGGACAAUAAAGUGUGUGACAGCUGCUGGCCGUA